AUGGAUCCACAAAUAUCAAUUGAAUAUGGUAAAAAAUUUAAAGUUGAUAACGACCAACAAAUAAUUCGAAAAAAUGGUUUGAUGAAAGAAAUGACUGAUGUAUGCCAUGAUCAUUUUCGUAUUGAUAAAGAACAAUCGAUGCUUAUUGAUUGUCAACGAUUAUUUGAACGAAAUGAACCAUUAGAUAAGCCUGAUAAAUAUGGCAUUACUCUUUUACAUAUUGCUGCUGCCAAAGCAUAUUCAAGUGUAGUUCAAUUUCUAUUACAACAUUAUGUUAACGUAGAUCAAGUUGACGACACGGGCGCUACAGCAUUGCAUCUUUGUGCUAAACAUGAACAAGGUUUGAUUGUUAAACUUUUACUUGACGCUCGUGCUAAUCCAACAAUUUGUGACCGAUUUGGUCGAAAACCAAGUGAAGUGUGUGUAUCGAAUAGUUUUAUUCGUACAUUACUUCUCAAAGCUGAAAUUAAAUUUGAAGAAAAACGUAAACGUGCUGAACAAAGUGAUGAUAGUUUAGAAGAAGAACGUGAAGAAACUAUUGAUAGUUUAUCCGAUGAAGAUAAUAAUAAUGAUGAUCUACAAAUUUUAUUUAAACCAAUACCACAAAAAUCAUCAAUACUUAUUUCUCAAAUAUUAAACAAUGAUGACGAUAAUGAUAAUGAUGAUAUAAAAAUUAUGCACAUUUUCGAUGAAAAAUCAAAUUUUUAUACCAAUGAUAAUAUAUCACUUCCAACUAAAUUACCUAAUGAUGAUUUGGCACUAUUACCUGAGAUCUCCGAACAAAGUUUACUUUAUGAUUUGGAGAUGCGUUAUCGACAAGGUCAAAUCUAUACUUAUAUUGGAGAUAUUCUUAUCGCUUUAAAUCCAUUCGAUCACUUACCUAUAUAUGGUCGAAAAAUAUCUGAACUUUAUAAAAAUACUGAAUCAAUUGUUUCAUUACCCUCACAUAUUUAUGGAUGUGCUGAACGCUUAUAUCGAAAUAUGUUACGAGAAAAAACAUCCCAAUGUGUUGUUAUAUCUGGUUUAUCCGGUAGUGGAAAAACUGAAUCAUGUAAAUAUAUUGUUCAACAUAUACUUAGUCGUUCAUUAUCUGUUGAAACAUCACUUAAUAUGAAAAUAAAUCAAGUUAAUCCACUUAUGGAAGCAUUUGGUAAUGCUAAAACAUAUAUUAAUAAUAAUUCAAGUCGUUUUGGAAAAUAUCUUGAAAUUCAUUUUUCACCAAUAGGAAAUGUUUUAGGAGCUCAUUUAAAAGAAUAUUUACUUGAAAAAUCUCGUGUUAUAUCACAUAAUAAUGAUGAAGGAAAUUUUCAUAUAUUUUAUUAUUUAUUUGCUGGUUUAUCGCAUGAUAUGUUAGUCCGAAAUGGUUUAAGAAUACCGAGUGAACAUCGAUAUAUGUCACAUAAUAUUGAAUUAGCUCAGCUGGAUAGUGCAAGACAAGUUGAAUAUAGAAAAAAAUUUCAAAUGGUUAAACAAAGUUUAAUAUCUAUUGGAUUUUCUAUUGAAGAUGUUCAUUCAAUAUUUACUAUUCUAUCAGCUAUAUUACAUAUUGGUGAUAUUGUUUUUAUUCCACAUGGUUCAAAUGAUGGUGUACGUGUUAAAAAUAAUGGUACAAUUGAUAAAAUUGCUGAACUUCUUCAAUUAUCUUCAAUGGAAUUUAGUUCAGCAUUAGUUACUGAAUUACAAGUAACACGUGGUGAACAAAUAUUUCGUGAAAGAAAUAUUAUUCAAGCAUCCGAAUGUCGAGAUGCAUUUGCUAAAGCACUUUAUGGAAGAUUAUUUAGUUGGAUUGUUAAUGGAAUUAAUUCAUAUUUACAACCAUUAGAAGAUGAAAGUAAUUCUGCACAUACAAUAUCCGUCCUUGAUAUAUUCGGUUUUGAAAAUUUUAAAUCCAAUAGUUUUGAACAGUUAUGUAUAAAUGUAACUAAUGAACAUAUGCAACGAUUUUUAAAUCAACAUAUCUAUGACUUGGAAAUUCAUGAUUGUCAACAAGAAGGUAUUGAUACAAUUGAUAUUAAUUAUACAGAUAAUCAUCUUAUUAUCGAAACAUUUUUCAAUAAACACUCAGGUAUAUUAGCUAUAUUAGAUGAAGAAAGUCGUUUUCCACAAGCAACAGAUCAAACAUUAGCAACUAAACUUCAUCAUGGACCUGGAGUGCAAUUUCGUGAUAUAUAUUCAAUACCAAAAGAUGGUGGUACUACAUUUACUAUACGUCAUUAUGCAGCACCUGUUGUAUAUAAUAUUGUUGGAUUAUUAGAAAAAAAUCGUGAUUUUCUUCCUAAUUCAAUUGUUUUCGUUGCUCGAACAAGUAAUAAUUUAAUAAUUCAAGAAUUAUUUCGUUUAAAUUUAAAUGAAAAAGGUGUUUUACCACCAUCACCUUCAUUACAUCAUCAUCAUCAUCCAAAUACAUUUCAUGCUCAUAGAGAUUCAAAACGAAAUGAUCCAUCAUUGAAUCAUAAUGGAAAACAAUCAUCACAAAUGCAACAACCAAUAAGAACAUUACCAGAAAAAACAAAUGGAAAUACUUUUGAACGAACUGGUGGAACAGCGAUGAGAACAGUAGCUUUUCAUUUUAAACAUUCAUUAUCAGAAUUAAUUGAUAAAAUGUCUGCAUGUCAAUGUCAUUUUGUUCGAUGUAUUAAACCUAAUGAACUUCGUGAUAAAACAACAUCUUUAACUGUUCCUUGUGUAACACGUCAAUUACGUUAUUCUGGUGUUCUUCAAAUGUGUGAAAUUCGAAAGAAAGGAUAUCCAUUAAGAAUUCAAUUUGAUGAAUUUCUUCAUAGAUACAAUGCUCUCGUUCUAUGUCUAUUGCCGAUUACUGCCGAUGACCGGUCAAAAGAGUUAUCAUUAUCAUCACUAACAUAUAGUCGUGAUAGGGCCAUUGAAUGUUUAAAACGGGCCGGCAUUGACAAUUAUAAAGUUGGUCGUACAAAAUUACUAUUUCGUUAUUGGCACUCAGAUCAACUGCAUAACCUAGCUGUACAAUACGAAAAAAAAGUCAAUGUUUGUCAGAAAGUCUUACGUGGUUGGUUAGCUCGACGUAAAUAUAGUCGUCUUCGUGAAAUUCAUCAAUUACAAGUAGUAUUUAUAAGAAAAUUUUGUGAUGAUAUUUCUGUAACCGGUCAAUUAUAUAAAACUAAAAUGGAUAAUCAUUGUCAAUAUGAUAAAAGACGUAAAAUAAAACAAAAUGUUCAACAAAAAAAUACUGAUGCCGAUGAUGAACAAAUUGAAAAAACAUUGAAUUUUUUUGAUUCAAUCAUUGAUCCAUAUCUUAGUGAUCAAGAUAUAACUGAUGAAAAUCGACAAUUAUCAAAUACAUCUAUGAAUAAUCAACAAGCAAAAACAAACAAUUAUGUUAAUGGAAGUACACUUCAACAAGUUAAACAAGAAUUUGAUGGUAAUCUAUCAAGUAAUACAAAUACAUCAACAUCAUCUUCAUCAUCAUCUCAAAAACUUCAUCAACGUCCAGUUGAUAUUCAUGCUUCACAUUUUCAUCAAUUUCAAAAUAUACGUUAUCGUUUUGAACAAUUGACAUCAGGUGCAACAAAUUCUUCAACAAAUAAUGUUCGUCGUUAUACAUCAGAAAAUAAUCUUAAUGAUAUUAAUUCAUCAUCAAAAGGAAAUUUACAACAAAAAAAUUCUCGUCCACCACCUACACAAACAGCAACAUCAAUAACAACAUCAACAGAAGAUUUAACAAAUAUACCAUCAUGGAAAAAAUUAUCACCACAAGCACGUCUUUCAGCUUUACUUGAUAAAACAAAUCAUACAUCAUCAUUAACAUCAAAUGGUACAAGUGCUAGUUUAAUUGAUUUAACAUCUAUUGAUAAAUUAUCGUCAAAUAAACAAAUUCAACCAGCACCAUCAUCAAGACCACGUUUUCGUUUUGUACCACCAUCAGAUAAAAAUUCUAUAUUAAAAGAAGAACCUGAACUUGAACAACAAUCAACACUAUCAAAUCAAACAUAUGAGAGUUUGGAUACGAAAUCUUUUUCACCAAAUCGAACAUCAAUUAAUAAUAAUAAUAAUCAUCAUCAACAAAAACAACAAAAUAAUCUUAUCAAACCAUCAAUUAUUCGUCCAUCUCAAAUGACUCGUUCAACUCCAUUUACACAACCAGAAAUUAAUACUCAUCAUCAAAAUGGUAAUAGUGCAUUUAAACCUCUAAUAUCGCAACAAUCAAAACUUAUUAAAUCACCAAUACCAUUAUCAUCAAAUCAAAUAAAUGGAAAUAAUAUACAACGUCCUAUUUUAUUAACACAAAAUAUUAUUCAUCCACUUGGUUUAACAAAUGGUAAUAAUGUUUUAUAUAAAACUCAACAACACCACCAACAACAACAGCAACCACCACCGGUGCCUAAUGUAAAACGAGCAGAAUCUGUACAUAAACCGGGUGUACAUGUUGGAAUAACAAAUCCAAAUGGUCCAUCAUCUUCGAAUGGUUUAUUAAUUCGUCAACAUCAACAAACUGUACCACAAUUUCAUCAGUCCAUGCUUAAUUUAUCUUCUAUAGGUACAUCGGAAACAACAAAUGCAACACAAACAGGUCUAGAUAUGUUUGGUUCACGUGUAUCAAUUCAAUCAGCAUCAUCAAAUUUUAUGAAACAUCCAGCUUAUACACCACAAAUAAGUAAAAUAAAUGGACAACAUCAAUAUCAUCAUCCUCCUCCGACUUCAUCAUCAUCAAACGUAAGACCUCCUCCAGCUAUAGUCGAAGAUCCGAUUAUAAGAUGGAUUCAACAAGUUAAUAAUAGUACUAAUGCAAAUGGUGUAGCAGCAAAUGGAGGAGGAGGUAAUCGAUCACAACAGCAACAACAACAACAACAACAACAACAACAACAACAACAACAAAUUUACCCAUAUGGACCUUAUAUUUCAACAGGUUCUGGUGGUCUUCAAUCAAAUAUAAAUGGUUCUGAUUAUCCUCAUCGUCAACAACCGUAUUUAAAUCAAGUCAAUGUUCAUAAACAUCAUACACCACAACAUACAGUACCUGUUCAAUCAGCUUAUAUUGUUUCACCACCUAUAUCAAGAAAUGGUUUAUCACCAUCAUUAUCAACAAAUAUUUAUCAUUUUCAUCAUCAUAAUGCUCAACAAAUUCCAUCAUCGUCUGGAGGAGGACAAACAAGAUCUCAUUCACAACGCCAGGAUGUAACCGUAACAACUUAUCUUUAA